GACUUUCCAUCAUUUUUGUCAUGGCUAUGUGGGACGUUCCGGCAUAAAAUAAUUGAUUAUAACGAACAUUCUAUUGAAUUAGGAUUUAGCGUUAUCAUGCCACUCAGAGUAUAUGAAUCAAAACUUAUGGCUACUGAGUACUUUGCCACUCCCCCUCGCCACCCAUGCCCCCUUGUGGUCUCGUUCUUCGCCACAAGCGAGCAAGCAACGUGCGCCGGUAUUACGUCGCAUUAUCGACGCAACACAAAAUGCUAUAUCAAGGAGUUCCUUUAAUCGACAAUCCAUGGAUGUGCCCCUCCCAUUCUAUGACCAACCUGAGGCCGUCACUUGGCUUAAAAAGGGAUCCGUAAAGGAAAAGACUUCAAGACGCGGUGACACCGUCAAGUUGACGUACCGCAUCGUAGUAGAUGGCGAAGAGGCCGUGAACAGCUCCAUGAGUUUACGGGUGGGACAACCAGGUCCUAUCAGAGAGCUCACCUGGGCUCUCGAAAAUAUCCCACCGGGAAGCAGGUUGUGCUUAGAACUCACAGACUCCAACACCCGGAAACUGCUACCUUACCCUCUCGAAUCCCACGUAACACUCGACGUUGAGGUUAUUUCCAUCAAUUGAGGGGAAAUCUUGUUCGAGGGUUGGAACACCACUUUCACAUUCUCGAAACUUCCAUCCUUCUGUACUCCAUGCUCUCACCCUUACUUCGUUGAGUG